GUCACCCUUAUGACAAUCGACAAAUUUUGAUGUGAAUGUGAUCUGAAUCCACCAAGUCCUCAGAUCCAACACCAGAAACCAGGAUUUCCCCCCCCCCAAAUCACUGUGUCAAACUCAGGCACAGGGGCCAAAUCUGUCCUGCAGUGUAAUUAUAUAUAUUUAUUAUAUAUAUUUUCAUUUGAUUAAAUGACAACAUUUAAUCGAUAAGAUCUUAUAAUUUCACGUUGUGCAAGUUUAAAAGAUUAAGCCGUCCCUGGGUGGACUCGAACCACCAACCUUUCGGUUAACAGCCGAACGCGCUAACCGAUUGCGCCACAGAGACUACGUCCAUGGAGUGAUAGUAAAAACUCAAUCAAUACACAAAGAAAAUACUAUAUGAACACAAACCCGUACAAAACCCAUAUAAUUACAUAGUGGUGAUAACACCGAAUUUUAUUUCGAGGUCCUGAAUGCACCAGCUCCAGCCGGCGGCCCCGCCCCCUGUCGGAGACAUGUAUCUCAUUACCUUCGGUUCUGCCCUGCUCACGCGUGUUUAUUUUCAUGACAAACCGUGUUUUUAGACAAAUACAGAAGUCAGCGUCCACACACACUCACACGGGAUCAUCUCCAGCAUCAGUGCCGUUGACUGGACUGUCUUAAAGGUGUGGUGAGAUGUCGUCUCUGUGGCAGUCCAGUUAUUCUCCCUGCAUAGAGAUCGACUCCAGCUCUGUGAAGUCCAAGGACCGGCUUCACUCUCCGGCCUGGCUGAAGCAGGAGCACGAUGACCUACAUGUCAUCAAGUGGGAGAGCUUCCAGUCAGGAACGUCUGCAGACUCAGUUCAGGACAACACACCCAGCAGUGCCAUGUCAGCCUCACAUUUGGAAAACCUUCCUCCUCGUGUGCUGCUGACCAUCACCAGGCUGCAGUGCAUGUUGGAGAGCAAACAGGAGCGCAUCGCAGCUCUGGAGCGACAGGUGGAAGACCUGAUGCAGGACCGAAAGUUCCUGAGGAACCAGAUCGAAAACCUCACCAGCGUCCGCUCGGUACCAGCGUUUGCCUCCCCGAGUCCAGUGACGGAAGUAGUUCCCAAACCCAGUAAGGUGCAGCACUCAGACAGCAAGUCCAGGAAAAGAGAGCGAGCUUCGUCCAGUUCCUCUGACAGGAGCAACAGCGGCUCCGAAGACUCAGAUUCUUCUGAAGUUUCAGCAGCGUCCAGUGAACACAGGAAGAAGAAACACCACAAGGACAGGAAGAAGUCCAAGAAAGGAAAAGACUACACCAGGAAGAGAGCUACCGGUGUCCAGUACGUCAUCCAUCGCUACAGACAGGUCUUGUCGGCCUACAUCAAGAAGAAGAGCAUGAGCGAAGCCUUUCGACACCUGGGAAUCGACCGCAACACCAUUGCCAACACUGCGUCCAUCGCCGAGCUACACCUGGCUGGGAAAGACAUGGUGCCCCUGGUGGGGACGUUCCGUCAUGGGGAGGAAACUCUGGUCAGCUACGCUCAGAGGUGCACUCUGGCCAUCGACAGCGAUUCAGACCUGUCCAGGAGAAUAGAUCACAUGAAAGCCAACGGAGAGCUGCUGCCCAUCUCUGGGAAGAGGCCCAGGCUGUCGCACUCUCACAUGCAGCCGCUGGGUGUCGCUGCAGACAGCAUUUUGAUAGGUUGAGCUUGAUCAGGUUUAAAGGACUCGGAAACACUUGUACCCAAAAAAGACUUUCUUUGGUCUCAGCUGCUGGACUCGAAGCUAAAGAGGCUUUAAUCUGAUAUACAGUAAGUUUUAUCAAUUUUUGAGCUACCUUUUAGCUGUGAUGAUACACAUGGCAUUAGCUAUGUGUUUAUUUUUUAAAACACAAACACCUUUUAAUGCUUGUGUAGCAUGUAGAUUUAUUUAAUAAUUGUCCAAAUUACAUAUAAAUUAUGUAAAUAUGCACUAAAUAGUUGAAAGAAGUUAUCGAGUUAAUAUUUAAGAUAUUAUAUGGUAAAAACAAGUUACAAAUCUCCACCAGAUGGCAGUGUUUGCUCACUGCACUGUUUCUCACAAAUCAGCACUCUAUUUAAAAAAAAAUUGAUUCAAAAUGGUGCAAUGUCCAUUUCUGACAUGGUUGUGACGUUAUCGACAUGUGGAAGUUAUUUAAAUAUAAAUGAUGUAAAUGUUUAAAAUUUAAACUUCCCGCUGAUAAAAGUAAUCUUGAAUAAACCCUGAAGAGAAGUUCGUUUCAAUCUAGUCGGAAACCAUUUGCAUCGCUGUUCUGUUUGCACUGAAGGAAGUGAAAGACCCUCCGGUGAUGGUCGGUGUCAUUGUCACCUCACUAUGGUGUUUGUCUUUCACACGCGCUGACAAAUUGCUGGUGUGCAGCCAUUAUAGCUGCUGUUUAUCUUCACAGCAGACACUGUCACUGUCAGCAGCUUCACAGGACAAAUCUCUGCUUAUCUCCACUCCGUUUGGCCCUUUCUCCAUCACCUCUAACUAUAAACACAUCACAUAUCUAUUUUUUUAGUUAUUAAAAUUUACAUACCCUCUAUUGGUGUCCCUUUAUAAUAACAAUAUUAAUAAUAAUUAUUAUUAUUACCCCAAUAAAACAUUGACUUUGGUCUAGAUACCUGGGUUGUAGACUAUUCCUUAUUAUAACAGUUUUUUUAUUUUGGAAAAUACCAUAAGGACAUUGUGGCCUCUUUAUACCUUCAAGUAAAAUUCUAGUAGAGAUAUUUCAGGUUACAAGAAGAGACCAGGAUUUAUGUCAACACCCUGAACCACUGUCUCACUUUUGUUCUCUGUUCUUUGUUAAAACUAAUCGAUUAUCCAAUUCAUUGAUAAGAUAUUUUAUUAUUCUCCACGUCAAACCUGCGGUGAAACAAACCCUGUACCUGCCGAUGCACCGGUAUGACAGCUGUGAAUUUGCUGCUAACGACUGCAGCCAGAAAAAGACGACGUGCGACUAAUCGAGCUUGAAGCCUCCCCCUUCUCCUCCCCCGGCCUUUUGACUCACACUGAUGUGAGGCCAGCUGGGACUCCAUUUUCUGUCUUUUCCUGAAUGCAGAUGCCGUGUCAUUGCAGAAGUGGCUGACGCCCCCGCCUUCCUCCUACUCCUCUUUCUCCUCUUCUUCCUCCUCCCUCCUCCAGUGUGUCCUAAUAGGAUGUGACCUUCACAAAAAAGAGCAUCUGGAUGUUCUUGCACUGAGCAGUUAUAAUAAACAUUUUUGUUAAUUGACUUGAAU